AGAUGCUGUGUUCUAUCGCUUAAGCUAAGGUUUCUCUUCUCUUUCUUCUGCAUAUUGGUCCGCCAACUAACUCUGCAAUGGUUAAUUCAUCAUCUGCAUGGCCGCCGCCGUCGUCUUCGAGAUUGAUGAGAAAAGGUGCAUGGACCGAAGAAGAAGAUAAUCUUUUGAGGAAGUGCAUUCAGAAGUAUGGGGAAGGGAAAUGGCAUCUAGUUCCCCUUAGAGCUGGGUUAAACAGGUGCAGAAAAAGUUGUAGAUUGAGAUGGUUGAACUAUCUUCGUCCUGAUAUAAAGCGAGGCGACUUCAGUGUGGAUGAAGUUGAUCUCAUUAUGCGCCUCCAUCGCCUCUUAGGCAACAGGUGGUCACUUAUUGCCGGCAGAAUCCCAGGAAGAACAGCGAACGAUGUGAAGAAUUACUGGAACACCCAUAUUCAGAAAAAGGUAUUUGCCAUGGCUAGAAUGCAAGAUAAUUGGAAGGGAAAAGCCCCCGAAAUCAGGGAAAACACCGUCGUUAGGCCUCGACCUCGGAGAUUCUUAAACACCUCAUUAUCUCCGACGUCAAAGACCGGAAAAGCUACCGCCGUUACCUAUGAUGCUCAAAUCCAAGGACACACGUUACCGCAGCCGCCGGAAGCAAUAAUAACAACAUCGGACUUGGUAAUGGAAAAUGUUCAACUAAACAACACAAUCGCGACUUUGCCGUCGGAAUUAGAAACAACAACCUCGGACGACAGAGUCCGGUGGUGGGAGGAUUUGCUCUUCGACAAGGAAUUCAACGACGAUGAAGGAAACGCGUGCAUGCACGAAGGACAAGUCGGUUGGACUAACCUGCCAAUUGAUAUGGACCUUUUGGAACUUUUAAGCUAAGCCUAUAUGGAAUCUUUAGAUUCAGUCAAGUAGGGUCGAUUUCAUUUUUAGUCACUCCACAUUUAAUCUUAUUAUUUUAAUUAACUAUAUUGUGUUCUUAACUUAAAUUUUAUUUAAAAAAUUAAGUUAAGGAUGCAAUGUGGUCAAAUUAAAAAGGUAUGAUUAAAUUUGAAAGUGCUACUAAAAAUUGAAAUUAACUCGAAAACAUAAGUAUUAUAUAAGAAAAACUCUUAUGUUAAAAUAUCUAUGAUAUUUUAAUUGUCUUGUAUGGGUAUGCUAUUAUGAUGGAGUGUAUGCACUAUUUUUU